AUGUCUUCCCACGCCCCAUCCAACCAGCCAUUCCGUGCCGAGCAUGUCGGGUCAUUUCUGCGGCCUGAUGAAUUGUUGCAAGUUCGACAUGCAUGGAACGACAAGAAGGCUACCGAUGCCAGCCUGAAAAUGGCCGAGGAUAAGGCCGUGGACCAAAUUGUCAAGCUGCAGCAAGACCUAGGCUUCCAUGGUAUCAACGAUGGGGAAUAUCGUCGUCAUAUGUUUUGGGGCACGUUUUGGUCCAAUCUUGAUGGCAUGACAGAGGUUGUCGGGCCGGACCCAGAGAUCUUUCGCUCUUACAUCCCUGAUGUUGCCGCUUUUUUAGAGAAAAAUCAUAAGCCGGGCGAGGCAGUUAUCUGCACGGGCAAGAUUAAGUACAACCCGAAGGCAUCCAAGGCGCAUAUCAAGCAGUUGCAGUACCUUCAAAGGAUCCUACCAGCGGAAAACCACAACGACAUUAAACUCACUAUUCCGGCACCGAAUUGGUACCAUCUGCGCUACAAGGAAGGCCAAGCCUAUCCAAAGGACGUAUAUCCGACUGAUAACGAAUACUUUGCGGACGUUAUCACGGUAUUUCAGAAGGAAUUGCAAGUCCUUUAUGAUCAUGGCUUAAGAAACGUCCAGAUUGACGACCCAAAUAUCUGCUACUUCUGUAAUUCGAAGAUGGUUGAAGAUUUUGACAAUGACUCUCUGAACACGAUCAAGGCGGAUGGGCUCUUCGACAAAUAUAUCGACGUCUACAACCAAAUCAUGGAGAAGGCUCCCAAGGGCCUAUCCGUUGGCGUCCACCUCUGCCGUGGCAAUUUUGUCAAGUCGCGCCAUUUCACUGAAGGUUCAUACAAUCGGAUCGCGGUCCGACUGCUCCAGAAUUUAAAGGUCCCUAUCCUUUAUCUCGAGUUCGACACAGAGCGGGCAGGAGGGUUUGAGCCUCUACAGCACCUCCCCGCCGAUAAACACCUCAUCUUAGGCGUCGUUAGCAGCAAGUAUCCGAAACUGGAGGAUGUCAACGAUACAGUAGCCAGGGUCGAAGAGGCGGCCCGGUAUAUUGCGAAUGGUACCGGCCGGAGCGAGAAGGAGGCCCUCAGUCAGCUUUCUGUAAGCCCACAGUGUGGGUUCGCCAGCCAUAGCAGCGGUAAUGCCGUGACCUGGGAUGACAUGGUGGCUAAGCUGAAGCUUGUGAAGCAAGUCGCUGAGAAGAUCUGGCCCGGAGAGCUUUAG